AUGGACAGCCUAGAUGCGAACUAUUUUGCAGUGCAGCGACGCGGCUUGACGCUGAUUGGCUUCGAUGUAAGCCAAAUGCAAUUGAAAGUGCGUUAUCCGGCGUGGGUAGCGCUGCUUAUACUUGCGGCUGUGUCACACAAUUGGCCAAUGCUGGUGAAGGCGCUGGUGAGUGCGGAGAGCAUGCUGCGCUUUCUGGACGGCAUGGCGAUCUUUAAUCAAGGCACGCUGGCUACAGUGAAGCUUGUGGUGUGCGUGUAUAAGCGACAGCGACUGAGCGCAUUGCUGCAGCGUUUGCAUGCAGCGCAUUUGCAGCAACCAGCGAGAGUUAAUCGCAGUGAGCUGCAUCGACUGGAUCGACGCAUAAGUUUGCUAUAUAGAAAUGCAGUUUAUGCUACUAUACUAAGCUGCGCUGUUAUGCCCAUAGUGCCAAUGGCUUGGGCACGCUGGCAAGGCACUGCUUACGAGCCGCUGACGCCGCUGGACUUUGACUUCUGGCUGGACAUGCACAGGCCGCGCUACUACUGGCCCGUCUAUGUUUGGGGCGUGUGUGGCACCAGCAGCGUCGCGCUGACUGUCAUAGCGCUGGACUCGCUGUUCAGUUGGCUGCUGCUUAGCAGCGUGGCGCAGUUUGCUGCGCUCAAGCUCAAGCUGCGUACGCUGCAGUGCAACUUUUCGCAGCUGCCACGCUGCGUGGCAAUGCACAAAGCUUGCCAAAACAAUUGCGACGAGCUGAACGACAUUUAUGCUGAAAUUCUGUUGGUGCAAUAUACGCUGAGCUUCAUACAGCUCUGCUGUGCGCUCUAUCGCUUUAAUAACGCCGGCUGGAGCUCGGAUCUGCCGUUCCGCAUUUGCUUUUUGGUUGUGGUGUUCGCUCAAGUCUGCGCUUAUUGCUUGGCUGGCGACUAUUUGAAGCAGGAGAGCGCCAGUGUCGCCACAGUCAUCUACGAGUGCUUUGACUGGUCCACACUGCCGCCAGGCAGACGACGCUUGCUCGCACUAAUGAUGCUGCGCGCACAGCAGCCCGUGCAGCUCUCCGGCUACUUGUUCAACAUUGAUAGGCCGCUGCUGCUUUGGGUAAGUCUCAGCUUUGAGCAAAGCGUUUGAGCUUGGGUAGGCAAGCAAAAAAUGCUUUAGUCAAAGCAGCUGCAAAAAAAGGAGCAAACUUUGCUGGCAUUCGCACAAUUUUAAUUGAAAUUUCAACUCAAGCAUUUGCUGGCAAACUAACAAAAUUAACAAAUGCUUAUCCAACUGUAAAAUAUUCAACGCUCUGCAGCAGCGAAAAAUACAAUAAAUCCACUUUUCAAAUCAAGUAAGCGGCUUAAAAUAUUUCAAUGUUUUAGCUUCAAUCAAAGUCAACUUUUAUUUUAUGAAAACUAAAAUUCAAUCAUAUCGCAGCCAUCUAACAACUUUAACAACUAACAAAUGCUUUUCAAACUGUAAAAUAUUCAACGCUCUCUUAUUAAAUGCAGCAGUGAAAAAUGCAAUUUUAAAAACGCAUAAAUCCACUUUUCAAAUUGAGUACUGAAGACAACGAGCUCGUUUCUGGCCAUGCUGCGCACCCUCGACCGUUAGCCAUGUGGCUAAAACUAAUUACAGUUAGACGUAACACGCUUUAGUUCGUCGGUUAAGUCGAAUAAUGCACUAAUUUGUUGAAAUUACGCACGAAGUUUAUGCAACAGCCAUGUGUGGCAACAUAAACAUGUAGUUUGCUGCAUUUGGAUGCUAUGACUGUCUCGUUUGUUAUGCUUACGAGGGGGUGGGAGCGGAGCGGGGCUGUGGCAGCGGUAAACAAAUGGAAAACGCAAAGUCUUUAUUGCCAAGCAGAGCAACGAGGCAAAUUGAAAUUCAUGAGGUAUUCCAUAAAAUACAUAGGCAAACGUGUGCGCUCUCGCUGGCUGCGGUAUUUGUUAAACUAGAAAGUAUGCAGGAGCAGCAGGAGCAGCAGCAAACUACAAAUAUAACAAGCACAACAGCGCCUCAGACCAUUGGCUGCCUAUGGGGCAACAGCUGUAGUUUAUGCUAAGGAUGAGCGCAAGGAUUUUGCUGCUGACGCAGCUGAGUUCAGGUAACGGUUUAUGGCAUGCGGCUGGUAUUUUUUACUUCAACAUUGUUGUUGCUGUUGCUGCUGUAGACGAAAAUUUUUUACGUGUUGCGGAAUGUGUGCAAGUUACGAACUGUGCUGAGAUUUGGCUAAAGCAACAACAACAACUGUUGCUAACUUCAAGACAAGUUGACUGUAUGCUUGGAAUUUUAUUAUUAAAUUGCUCAAAUUUGCGCAUGUUGUUGCUGUUGCUGUUGUUGCCACGCAUACAAUGACAGCUUAUGCAGUAUAUAGUAUAGCAGUUAUAUAAUAAAUGACAAGCAGCUUUUUGCGUUUUGUUUCAGUUGAUUAACGAGCUUUUGUUGCAGGUGCAAAAACGCACAUAAAAUAAAUGACAACAUAUUAAUAUAGCCAGCUGACCAGGCAACAGUUUGCUACAAAUUUAUAGCAUAGUCCAUGUAUAUUAAACUACAGUAAGCACUCACUUACAACAAAAAAAAAUAUGUAUAGCUAGCGCAUAUAUUUAAACUUUUAAAAGCUUGUAAAUGGCAGCUACAAGCACUCGCUCAUAUAAACUUUUUUUUUGUGUGUAUAUUUUUUUGUAUUUUUGCGGUUCGUUGAGCACAUAAUAAUUCCAUCAACAGCAACAAAAGCCAACAACAAAAGGUGCUGCUGCCUGCUGCCUGCUGCCCAAAACGUUUAGCACUGGCUGCUGCACAGAUAACACAGCAACAGGAACAACCAGAGUCAGCUUUUGCCCGACGGCACUUAGUCAACUUCGCUCUCUCUCUCUCUCUAUGUAUGUGUGGUCAGCAUUAAAACAGACAACAUGGCGUAUGAAUAACGUGAAUAUUGCCCAGCUGCCGAUAAGGUUAGCAUUUGUUGCAGCUGCAAUUUUUUGCAUGCAUUAUGCUGCUGCUGGUUGGG